AGAAAAAGAAUAAUCCUCUACUUAAUUAUAAUUUAUAAUAUCGAAUGCAGCAGUGCCAAAUUUUAAACGAAACUUGCUCACGAUGUUUAAAUUUUAUUCCUAACUUCGUACUAUCGGUAUCGAGAAACCGUUACUAUGUUCACAUACACUACUUCCGUAAGCAUGCGCAUUGGAAAUCGGUUUCGGAAAAAUGCUGUAUUCCUCCUCUGGACAAACUUUCUAAUGAUAACUUUUCAAAGAUACAUUUAGAGCCAUUACAAGAUGCUCAUCACACCACCUAAACAGAAUAGUUGUUUAAGAAAUUCAACUAACGAAAAUGCUGAAGCUGCUGAUUAUAAGCCUGGAAAACGAAAACAUUCUAUUAAAGACACAGAUCAUACAAUAUCAAAGAGAGUAUGCAAAGAUUUAAAAUUGCCUAAUGGCUUACAAGAUGAGUACAGACAAGAUCUGAUUGAUAAAUUGCCUAAUCCUUGUCAGACCAAUGAAUAUAGAAGUAAUCUUCCUCAUACUUUGAUUAGAUUUAUGUAUCAGUUAGAAUUAUCAAUGUUUUGUUUAGUUAGAAAGUAUAUGUAUAAACAUAAAUACUCUUCAUUGUCAUUAACAUUUCGGAUUUCCAAAAUUGGUAAAUUCAAUAAUAUUAUUUUUUGUUAUAAACAGAAGUCUAUUUAUGUACAAAUUGAAAGUGUAGAUAAAUAUUACACAGAUAGUGCUAUUGGUUAUGGUAGAUUAUUUGCUAAUGGAAAACAAAGUUUAAUUAAUGAUCAUUUUGAUAAUUUUGUUAAAUAUGUAAUUUUUAAACCAUGUGAUGUAUCAAAUACUAUUGAAUAUCUUGUUUUCUUUACCAAUUCAGAUUUAGACCUCACAGAAGAAAAAAAAUUAAAACGAAGACGAUUUAAAAAUUUUUAUCCUUUUGAAUUUUAUAAUAUAAAUAUGGAAAAAUCUGAUAUUUUAAAAACCUUUUUAUUCACAAAUAAUAAUGUACCAGGACGUGAUUUUUAUCAGUUUUCCCUAGAUAAAAGAACAAAAGAAGAACUUUUAAAUCGAUUAAAAUUUUCACCUACUAUACAGGAUGAAAUAGAAAAAAGAAAUUUUUCUCAGGAAUUUAUAAAAGAAAUAAAAGAAGCUUUUUUAGAUAAGUUAGUAUUUGCAGUUAAUCAACCUAAUAGAGAAGAACUGAACAGUAUUGUUAAAAGUGAAAUAGCAAAAAAUAGUAAGGUCCGAGACAAUUAUAUUGCAUUAAAAGAACAGAUAUUAUGUAGCUUAACAGUUCUGGAAAGGGAUAAAAGAUAUAAUAGUUACAUAUCUGGGAUGAUAUAUGAAUUUAAUUUAUUAAUAUCCUUCUUACAUUCCAUGUUCCUGCAUAAAUAUAUGUUUUCUUUAAAUUUUGAGGGGAAACGACAUGAUGUAUCUAAUGACAUUACUGUAAAUUAUAAAAAUAAAAUUACUUAUAUAAAGGUUUAUACAAUGACUAACAGUAUUGAUUAUGAUCAGUUAUUUCCUUACAAACAACAGGAGAAAAAAAAUAUGUUUUCUGUCAAUAAGCAUUUUACUCUUUUUACUGAAGAAUUAAAAGGAGAAGUAAGGUAUUUUAUUAUUUAUACAAAUGCAAACCUAGAUAUUACAGAAGAAAACAGAUUAAAGAAAGUAAAAUCAAAACAUUUUUAUCCUUUAAAAUUUAAUAGUAUCCAUGUUCAAAAGAAGAAAUAUAAAAUUUUAAGAGAUUGUUCGUUUUUAGAUACAAAUGGUUUUUAUCAAUUUGAUCAGGAAGAAACUACAAGAGAAGAGCUUAUGAAGCUACUAAAGCUUCCUCCCUCUUUGCAAAAAGAAAAAGAGGAAGGCAGAUUUUCUGACGAAAAUGAAAAAGAAAUGAAAGAGAAAUUUUUACACAAAUUGAUAUUUGCUGUUAAGCAACCUAACAAGGAAAAAUUAGGUACCAUUAUUAAAAAUGAAAUAGAAACUGAUAUUGAAUCUAAUAAAGUGCCGUACAACUACGAUGAUUUACGUGAAAUAGCGUUACGCUGGUUAGAGUCUCGUGAAUAUGGCCAUAUUACAAAGGAAAUCAUGGAAAAGCUUUUGCAAGAUAUUAAACAAAAUAGAUUCAGUUAUAGGAAAGUUCAGACUGCAGAUUUUGAAACAGUUAAAUUUGCUAAAUGUGUGGUUGGAAGUGAGGAAACGCCAGCAUUUUAUCAGUUCUGUGAUUUUUUAAUCAAAGGGGAUGGAAAAAAAUGUCUUCAAGUUAUGCAGAAAAAAGAAGUAACGCUAACUAGUAUGUCUAGUAUUUUAACUGGAGUAAAAGCCAAUGCUCCUAAACCAUUCAAAGACUUGUAUGAUCUAUGGUUUGACGAGCAAGGAAAUGAAACUCAAUAUUUAAAAACUCUGAAAAAAGAAAAAUUGAAACUCAUUAAUAUGUCUAGUAUUUUGAAUGGAGCAGGAGUUAAUGCCUCCAAAGCUUUUAAAAACUUGUAUGAUCUGUUGUUUGAUGAACAAGGGAAUAAAACUAAAUAUCUACAAACUUUAGAAAAAGAAAGAGUAAAUUUAGCUAAUGUGUCAAACAUUUUAAGUGCAGCAGGAGCUAAUGCUGUAAAAGCUUUCAUAGAUUUGUAUGAUACAUGGUUUGAUGCAAAUGGAAAUAAAACCCUAUACUUAAAAACUCUGGAACAAAAAGAGAUAAAUUUGUCUAAUAUAUCCAGCAUUUUAGGUGGAGCAGGAACUAAUGCUGCAAAAAUCUUUAAAGAGAUGUAUGAUCUAUGGUUUGAUGAUAAAGGAGAUGAAACGCAGUACUUAGAAACCCUAAAAAAACAUGGAAUAAAACUAUCUAAUAUAUCCAGUAUUUUAGGUGGGACAGGAACCAACGCUCCAAAAACUUUUACAAACUUGUAUAAUCUGUGGUUUGAUAGAAAAGGAAAUAAAACCGUGUAUUUAGAAGCUCUAGAAAAAGAAGGAGUUGGUGUAGCAAAUAUAACCAGUAUUUUAAAUAAAGCUCGAGUUAAUACUCCAAAAGCUUUUAAGGAUCUAUAUAGUCUAUGGUUUGAUGAAACAGGAAAUAAAACUGUAUAUUUAAAAACUUUAGAAAAAGAAGGAAUAAAUAUAGUUAACGUGUCUAGUAUGCUAACUGGAUCUGGAGUUAAUGCUCCAAAAGCUUUUAAAGACUUAUAUAAUCUAUGGUUUGAUGAAAAUGGAAAUAAAACUGAAUAUCUAAGAUGUAUAAAAGAACAAGGAAUAAAUAUAUGUAAUAUGUCAAAUAUUUUACAUGCAUCAGGAGGUAAUGCUGCAAAAGCCUUCAAAGAUUUAUACGAUACUUUGUUUGAUAAACAAGGACGGAAAACUGAAUACUUAGAAACUUUAGAAAAAGAAGAAAUAAGUUUCUCUAAUGUAUCUACUGUUUUACGUGGAGCGGGAGCUAAGAGUGCGAAAGCUUUUAAAGAUUUAUGUGAUCCUAUAUUUAAUAAGCAAGCUAAUCAAAUCGAUUAUUUGAAAACUAUAAAGAAGUGGAACUUUAGUAUAUCUAAUAUGUUCAGUAUUUUAAGUGGAUCAGGACUUAACGCUGGAAAAGCUUUUAUAGACUUAUAUGAUGCUUUUUUUGAUAAAAAUGGACAUAAAACACCGUAUUUAAAGCAUUUCACAGAGAAAAAUGAUUGGGAAGAAAGUUUUACACCACAUUGCUUAAGUACAAUAUUAUACACAACAGGAACUAAAGCUACGGACUCAUUUAAAAAAUUACAUGAUGUUUGCUUUGACGACGAAGGAAACAGAACGAAAAUGUUAGACGAUUUCUACAAAGCAGGUUUUAAACCACGUGAUAUAUCCCGCAUAUUAUGGGGAGCAAGUACUCGGGCUUCUUCUAUUUUAAAAAGAUGGCAUUGUGUCUUUUUUAAUGAGGAAGGGGAAAUAACAGAACUUCUAGAUAGUUUUUAUAAGGCAGGUUUUAGACCGCGCGAUAUAUGCAACAUAUUGAAUAGAGGAAUAGAUAGAGUACAAGAAUUUUAUGAUUUUUGUUUUAUAGAUGAAACAAAAGAAUACUUAUGUCAUUUUAUAAAUAAAGAGGGUAGUUUUUCAUUAAUCAAUUUAUGCAUUAUAUUGCGCGGAGCAGGGCCUAAUAUUUGUAAGGCAUUAAAAGAUUUUCAUGAUAUUUGUUUUGAUGAAUCGGGAAAGAAAUCGCAGAUUUUAAAUGAUUUUUAUAAAGUAGGUUUUUCAUCAAAUAAUUUAUCUGAUAUAUUAUUCACAGCAGGAUGUAAUGCCGCUUUUAUUUUUAGAAGUUUUCAUAAAUGUUGUUUUAAUGAAGAAAACUAUUUAGAUCACUUCUUAGCACAGGGAAACAUUUUUACGCCAUACCGUUUAUCCAGGAUACUAUGGGGAGUAGGAAUUAAGAUUUCUUUUGUUUUUAAGAAAUUACAUGAUCUUUGUUUUGAUAACAUGGGAAACAAAACAAAUUAUUUAAAUGAUCUUAUAAAAAAAAGUUCGCAAGAGCUAACAAAUACACUCUAUGUAAAAGUUAGGAAAGUUCCUUUAUUUUUAAGUAAUACAUCAGUUUAGCAAAAUAUUAAUUGGAAAUCCAAAUUAAGGAAGUAUGGUUGAUUUCACAAAGUAAACCAAGUAAUACAAAAAAUCUUACAGCAAUUAGUUUUAUUUACAUUAGGUGAUUUGUAAUAAUUCCUUUAAGAAUAAAACAGUAGUAGAAAGCAUGUUCAUCGUCUUAAAGAUAAAGUACGUUCUAAAAUAUGAUAAAAAUUGUAUCAAAGACAAUACUGGUUUUUUAAAUGAGUUUGACAAAUUGGGAAACGAAAUAAAUAUUUUUUUAAUAUUCCAAUGCUUAGAAAUAAUUUCGAAUCCUGUAACAGUACAUAUUCUUUUAUAAUUGCUAAUAAAGAUCUUGUUUCAUAUUGUCUCAGCGCUGAUGAUUGCACAUUUCACAUUUAAAUUAUAAAAAUAUUGCAACCAUUAGUUUCAGUAUUAUCCCUUGCAGAAAAUACUUUAAAUUUGAAAAACUUGACAAAUUUUAAAAGUUAAAAAUGAUUCAUCGUUCGAAAAUUUUCAAAUUUUUAAACUAUGAACACUUCAAGCGAUGAAUCUGUACAACCAAUAUUAACAAGAUGACUUCGUGUGAACUUAUUUCUUGGUACUUCCGAUCAUCGAAACAUCGUUCCCUUACUACUUCUGUACAAGAAGCUGCCCAAACUUGUUAAGUGAGCAAUUUUAUAUGCACAGGCACAGAUUUAGUCACCCUUGCCGUUUUGUAUUCUAUUGUACUUUGAAAUUAUGAAUUAUGUUUCUGAUAAAUGUCUGUAAGAAAUUACAAGUAUAUAGAAAA